ACAUCGACCUAAACGAGAAGAGAAUCGUGUUGUAAACUAGAUCUCCGAUCUUUAGAUCCCCGUCCCUCUCUCCAUCUCCAUUUUCACCACUUCAUCUCGUCAGAACGACCGAGACAAACUCCAUUUCCUUCAAGCCUCAAGCUCCGGAUCUUGUGAGGCAAGAUGGCGUCCAUUGAUGAGCCUUUGUACCCAAUAGCAGUUCUAAUUGAUGAGCUCAAGAAUGAAGACAUUCAGCUUCGUUUGAACUCGAUCAGACGAUUAUCGACUAUUGCCCGUGCACUAGGCGAGGAGAGAACCCGAAAGGAGCUGAUUCCUUUUCUAAGUGAGAACAAUGAUGACGAUGAUGAAGUUCUUCUUGCAAUGGCUGAAGAACUGGGGGUGUUUAUUCCCUAUGUUGGAGGAGUGGAGUUUGCUAACGUGCUACUUCCCCCAUUGGAGACACUAUGCACUGUUGAGGAAACUUGCGUGAGGGACAAAGCUGUAGAGUCAUUAUGUAGAAUUGGAGCACAAAUGAGGGAGCAAGAUUUGGUUGAGUAUUUUAUUCCACUAGUGAAGAGACUAGCUGCUGGAGAAUGGUUUACAGCUCGAGUUUCCUCCUGUGGUUUGUUUCAUAUUGCUUAUCCAAGUGCCUCGGAGGCAUUAAAGACUGAUCUAAGAGCAAUUUACAAUCAACUGUGUCAAGAUGACAUGCCCAUGGUCAGGAGAUCUGCUGCAACGAACCUGGGGAAAUUUGCUGCUACAAUUGAACCUGCUCAUUUGAAGACUGAUAUAAUUACUAUAUUUGAAGAUCUGACACAGGAUGAUCAAGAUUCUGUUCGAUUAUUAGCUGUAGAGGGCUGUGCAGCUCUUGGAAAAUUGUUGGAACCUCACGAUUGUAUCGCCCAUAUUCUCCCUGUCAUAGUUAAUUUCUCACAGGAUAAGUCUUGGCGUGUACGCUACAUGGUUGCAAAUCAAUUAUAUGAGCUGUGUGAAGCUGUUGGUCCAGAGCCUACAAGGUCAGAUCUUGUUCCUGCUUAUGUUCGGCUACUUCGUGAUAAUGAAGCCGAAGUGCGUAUAGCUGCUGCUGGCAAAGUGACCAAGUUUUGCCGAAUAUUGAAUCCAGAACUUGCCAUCCAGCAUAUUCUUCCUUGUGUGAAAGACUUGUCAACUGAUUCCUCCCAGCAUGUUCGAUCUGCUUUGGCUUCAGUUAUAAUGGGAAUGGCACCAGUUUUAGGGAAGGAUGCCACCAUUGAACAAUUGCUGCCCAUUUUCCUCUCACUUCUGAAGGAUGAGUUUCCUGAUGUGCGACUGAAUAUUAUCAGUAAGCUUGAUCAAGUCAACCAGGUAAUUGGAAUUGAUUUGCUGUCUCAGUCCCUACUGCCAGCAAUUGUUGAACUUGCUGAGGAUAGACACUGGAGGGUUCGGCUAGCAAUAAUAGAAUACAUCCCUCUACUGGCUAGUCAAUUGGGUGUUGGCUUCUUUGAUGAUAAGCUCGGGGCUCUUUGCAUGCAGUGGUUGAAAGAUAAGGUUUACUCAAUUCGUGAAGCGGCUGCUAAUAAUGUGAAGCGCCUUGCAGAAGAAUUUGGCCCAGAGUGGGCAAUGCAACACAUAGUUCCACAGGUUUUAGAUAUGAUUAACAAUUCACAUUAUCUGUAUCGGAUGACCAUUCUACAUGCUAUUUCUUUACUUGCCCCUGUUAUGGGCUCAGAUAUCACUUGUUCAAAGCUCUUGCCUGAGGUCAUUAAUGCAUCAAAGGAUAGGUAA